AUGGCUCGCGCUAGUCGCUGUACGCUCGCUCUUCUCGUCGUCCUUGCUUUAGCCUACGUUACCAAUGCAGCCGUUGCUCCCACGGCCACAGCCGGCCCCAAGUGCGCGAACGCGUUCCCUCAGAGACCGUUGUGCAAGUUCGUGGACAGCUUGACCACGCGCGUCAUCCCCACCCUCGAUGGCACCAAGCCCCUCACCAUUGGCGCCUAUCAGAUUUACCAGAAAUUCCAUCGCGAUCUUCCGGCGACGAAGCAGUACGCGUACGGCACGAGUCAGAAGACGGCGUCGUACCCCGGCCCCACCAUCGUGGGCAAGGUUGGCAUCGACACGACGGUCACGUGGGAGAACCACCUGCUCGACAACACGCACAUGUUCACCGUCGAUCCCACAAUCAUGAUGGGCGUCAAAGUUCCCACGAAGGGCAUUCCCAUCGUUGUGCACCGCCACGGCGGUUCCCAGCAGAGCUACUACGACGGCCACCCUCUCGCGUGGUUUACGCAGUACGGCGAGAAAGGUCCCACCUUCUCUAACAGCACGUACAAGUACAUCAACGACGAGGCGUCGACCGUGUGGUACCACGACCACAUGGUGGGCAUGACGCGGCUGAACGUCGUUGCCGGUCUCGCGGGGCUGUACAUCAUCACGGACCCUAAGGUCGAGUCCAAGUACACCUGGCUGCCGCCCGCCGCCCGCACCGUCCCGCUCGCCAUUGCGGAUCGCCUCUUCUUCGCCAACGGGUCGGUGAACUACCCGAACGUGGGCAUCGUGCCGAACAUCCAUCCUAACUGGAUUCCCGAGUAUCUCGGCGACACCAACAUGGUCAACGGCGUCGUUUGGCCGUACCUCAAGGUCCGGCCUGCGAUGUACCGGUUCAAGAUGCUGGGCGCGUCGAACGCGCGUUUCUACAAUCUGCAGUUCGUUUGCGCGCAGCGCGGCGACUACCCCAACUUUGUGCCGCCGCUCAAGGGCCAGGUUCUCGACAUCGUCGUUAUCGCCUCCGACGGCGGGUACUUGCCGAAGCCGGUGUACGUUAAGUCGCUGCUGCUGGUUCCGGGCGCUCGACAGGACGUGCUCAUUGAUUUCUCCAACCUGCCCGCCACGUGCAAGGACGUCAUUCUUCAGAACACCGCGCCCGCGCCUUUCCCCGCUGGCGUGACGGCUGACCGCGACACCGGGCUUGUCAUGCGCUUCGUGCUCACCAACCGCAAGCGCAUCCCCGCCGCAAAAGUGCCAAGCUCCAUCUCGUACCUUCCGCCGAUCGACUACAAGAACAUCCAGAAGGUUCGGUGGCACCGCCUGAUCGAGCAGAUGGACCCCAAGACGAACCUGCCCAUCCGCAUCACCGUCGACAACCUCGGCUUCAUGGACCCCGUCACCGACUACCCCAAGCAGGUCAGGGCCUUCCCCAUUCUCAAUAUCAUCUCCUCCCCUACCCUCGAUUUUAUGAGUCCUUUCGUUCUCUUCGUUCUCUCAAUGACUCGGCGCGCGUCCACAUCAGAAGACUUUAUUUACCCUCGCGUUGUCCCGCCUUUCCAUCCGCUUCCCCUGCAGGGCACGAACGAGCUGUGGCACAUCAUCAACCUGUCGGCCGACGCGCACCCCAUGCACUUCCACCUCGUCGACCACCGCCCCAUCUCCCGCCGCCCCUUCGACGUCGCCGCGUUCCAGUCGGGCAAGUGCGCGUUCCGCGGCAACAAGCUGCCCCGCUGCUGGACGGGCCCGCGGGUGAAGGUCAACCCCACGGAGGACGGAUGGAAGGACACCACGCCAGCGUAUCCCGGUCAGGUGCUGACGCUCUGGUUCGGGUGGAAGGACAACAACGGCAAGCCUCUGAAGUUUGAUGCGUCUGUUGGCCCGGGUUACGUGUACCAUUGCCACAUGCUGGAACACGAGGAUAACGACAUGAUGAGGCCGUUUAAGGUCAUCAAGUAG